UCCCUUCAAAUAGUUCCCUCGACACAUCCGGAUCCUGCUUCCUUGACAAAGACCGUUGCAGAUACUGCAAACUCUUUUGGUGUCCAUGAUACUUUUCGUUAUGGUGUGAAGUCUAUCGAGAGUGAGCUCUUGCCGGCUCAUCCGCUCGAAAACAGACUCAAACAGUGGGAGGAGACACAAACCAACCUGAAAUUGACAAUGCAAAGAAGAAUCUACGGUAUUCAUGCACCAGUGAGACAUCUAAUGGAACGUAGUAUUGUAUCCAAGAUGCAACGUUUACCAGUAUUACCUUCUUCUAAUCUCGGAUUGGAAAUUUUAAUGGGAAAAGACGAAACAAUUGAUUUCGAAGAUUUCCUGAACGACCCAGAAUUGUCAACGGAGAGGAUGGAUGUGCACGCAUCGAUGGAACACAAGCUAAACAUCAAGUUUUGA